UCCCCCGAAGUAACAACAGUGUGACACCAAGGUGUCUCUAGGAUCUGACCAGCUUCUCCUUGGCCUUGCAGUGACGUGCUGUCCCGGAGGGGAAAUGCAUCCUGAAUGGGGCUGAGGCCCCCUGCUCGGGAAUAUGCAGCCUCGGCACCGCGGAGGCAGCACCAGGGCAGCGGCCGGCGCGCGGCGGAAUGGUGGCAACGUUCAAGAUCGCCGUGCUGGGAGCCCAGGGCGUGGGCAAGAGUGCCAUAGUCCGGCAGUUCCUCUACAACGAGUUCAGCGAGGUCUGUGUGCCCACCACGGCCCGCCGGGUCUACCUGCCCGCCGUCGUCAUGAACGGCCACGUCCACGACCUGCAGAUCAUGGACUUUCCCCCCAUCACCGCCUUCCCUGUCAACACCCUGCAGGAGUGGGCGGACGUGUGUUGCAGGGGGCUCCGGAGCGUCCAUGCCUACAUCCUGGUCUAUGACAUCUGUUGCUUUGACAGCUUCGAGUACAUCAAAACCAUCCGCCAGCAGAUCCUGGAAACAAGGGUCAUCGGCACCUCGGAGACACCCAUCAUCAUCGUGGGCAACAAGCGGGACCUGCAGCGGGGCCGGGUGAUCCCGCGCUGGAACGUCUCCAACCUGGUGAAGAAGACGUGGAAAUGCGGCUACAUCGAGUGCUCGGCCAAGUACAACUGGCACAUCCUGCUGCUCUUCAGCGAGCUCCUCAAGAGCGUGGGCUGCGCCCGCUGCAAGCACGUCCACACCACCAUCCGCUUCCAGGGCGCCCUGCGCAGGAACCGGUGCACCAUCAUGUGAGCCCCCCCUGCCCCGAUGGACCCCCCCUUCCUCGGGGGCCGAGGCUCCCCCGCGAACACCGGAGUCUCUGCUCUCCGUGGGGGUGAUGCUGCGGUGGGAGCUGUGCUGGAGGCGCCUCGGGGUUGGCUUCCCACUGGCGCUGGCACCCUGCGGUGACAUUUGGGGACAGCGUGCCUUGGGCAGGGUGAUGCGGUGGCCAGUGGCAGGUUGGAGCAGGUGGCUGCCCGGAGGUAGUGAUGGGUGAGGGAGGUCCUUGGUUAAACCCCCAGGCCCUCCCUGAGCCUCAGCUUGAGGCCAAAGCUGUCCCGGGGGGUGGGGUGGGGUUGUACGUGGCACUGGAGGAUGGAGGAGAUCCCUCAGAGGGUGCCCAGAUUUUGGCUGUCAGGUCCAUCCUUGCCAGUUCCUGCUCUGGCAGCACAGGGGCAAUGCUUGCUGCUCCCUACCAUCACCUGCCCCUGGAAGGGGAUGAUCCAGCACCUCUAUCCUGAUGUGCUUGAAGUGGUUCCAUCACUGGGGCACAGGGAGACAGGAGCCCUGUUUUCCUCCCUGCAGAGCUGGGGUUUCUCCCCUUGGAGGGCAGAACAGUCUCCAGCAAGAUGCCAGGUUACACGGGAUCUCUUUUGGCUCAGUUGGAUCAGACUUCCAGGUGGAAUUUCCAGGUGAAAGCAAGAAAGGAGG